UUAGGAGGGGCGGGAAGGAGCUAAUCUGCUGCAACAACGUCCUCGAGGCGGGAGUGAAAUCCGCUAGAUUAAAACAUUCCCCAAUAUUUGCUUGUUAUGUCACCUUUAUACACCAGGAAUCUUUAUAAAACGCUCAAAACUACUCGCGAGUCACGGUACUGCCAGUGCUUUUGUAAAGUCGAGAAGAACGAAGAGCUUUUCACAUCAGACUUGCUGAUACGUUUCCUAUUUCACAAACAUGGAUGACCUAAACAAGGACCAAAUUGUGCUUCUUAAGAAGGCUUUUGACGCUUUUGAUCACGAGAAAAAGGGUUGCAUAGGAACAGACAUGGUGGGAACGAUUUUAACGAUGCUGGGACACGAGUUGAGCGAAAACACGUUGGCCGAGAUAAUCGCGGAGGUGGACGAGGACGGAUCCGGGGAACUCGAGUUCGAGGAGUUUUGCACCCUGGCGGCGAGGUUCCUGGUCGAGGAAGACACCGAGGCGAUGCAGCAGGAGCUAAGAGAGGCCUUCCGGCUCUACGACAAGGAGGGAAACGGAUAUAUAACGACCGACGUCUUCCGGGACAUUCUUCACGAACUUGACGACAAGCUCUCGCCAGAGGAGCUUGAUCUUAUGAUAGAGGAAAUCGACGCCGACGGAUCAGGGACUCUCGACUUUGACGAAUUUAUGGAAGUCAUGACGGGCGGCGACGACUGAAGCUUUUUCCACCUACGAAUUUAUACAUGCGCGAAAAAAGACUCGCGAUUAAAAGUGUAACAAAUAAUGAAAAAAAUUAUAUAUAAAAAAGUGAAACUUCGUUACUAUGUUUUUUUAACUGCAAUAACUUCUCUUUUUCUUUGAUCUUUUCUGUCGCAAAUCCAUCGGUGAAGUGAGUAGUGACUGAUACAGCGAUUGAUACAGUCGACAACGCUGUUAAUCUCUCUCUCUCUCUCUCUCUCUUUCUUAGCGUGGAAUCUCGAAGAGAUUUACGACCAGAGUUGGCCAAUAAAAGAUAAAUGCACUUGAAUUAAAUUCUUAAUCACCUCGCGGUUGUUAAUCAAUCGUACAAUAAAGGAACAUUGAGAAAAAGUGGUGAAUGUGAA